AAUAUAAAAUCGGCAAUAAGAGAUGUUUGGAAAUAAAUUGAUGUUUGAACAUAACCCAAGGAGUAAAAUCGUCUUCAGAAGGCUGUUUAUACCUUUUCGACACUGAAGACAGCCGAAGCGAGGAUUUGGUGAAGAAAAUAGGAUCGUCCAGCAUUUAGGGGGAUUUCCUCUGUAUUCCCAGCACAGCCUGUAUCAUCUCCUUCAGCCAUGGCUCCUACACUGGCCACAGCCUUCUCCAGGCGCUGGUGGAUGGCCAUCACUGCGGUCAUUGAAAACCUGUUGUUCUCAGCUGUCCUGCUGGGAUGGGGAUCGCUGCUCAUUAUGCUCAAAUCAGAGGGUUUUUACUCCUACCUCUGCAGAGAAGCAGGUAACGGUACAGGGCACAACGUGUCUGACAGUGAGAACGGUACGAUAAAUGCCACAAGACUUGAGGAGGAGGAUAAUCUUCAGAUGAAUGGCUGGCCCAUAUGUAAAGAGCAAGAUGAGAUGCUGAACCUGGCCUUCACCAUCGGCUCCUUCCUCCUGAGCGCCAUCACACUGCCACUUGGCAUCAUCAUGGACAAAUACGGCCCACGCAAACUGAGGCUGCUUGGCAGUGCCUCGUUUGCUAUCUCCUGCAUCCUGAUUUCAUACGGAGCCAGUGAUCCUCGAAAUCUCUCCAUGCUGAUUUUCUUCGCUCUGGCGCUGAAUGGGUUUGGAGGCAUGUGCAUGACCUUCACCUCGCUCACACUUCCCAACAUGUUUGGUGAUCUCCGCUCUACUUUCAUCGCACUCAUGAUUGGCUCGUAUGCUUCAUCCGCUGUCACUUUCCCAGGAAUAAAGGUGAUUUAUGACCUCGGUGCUGCUUUCAUCACCAUUCUCUUGGUGUGGGCUGGCUGCGCCGGCCUCGUCUUCAUCAACUGCUUCUUCAACUGGCCACUCGAACCUUUCCCAGGACCCGAGGACAUGGAUUUCACUGUGAAGAUCAAGUUCAGCUGGCUGGGCUUUGACCAUAAGAUCACAGGGAAACAGUUCUACAGGCAGGUCACCACCGUCGGCCGGAGGCUGAGUGUGGGCAACUCCAUGAAGACCAACCCCAAACAACUGGCCACGCAGGACGGCAAUAAACUCUGCCUGUCCACUCUUGAUCUGGAGGUCCAGUGCAAGCCUGAGGAGGAAUCCCAGUCUUUCAUGCGGAGUAUCUUCAGCCCUAUUUUCAUGCUGAGUCUCAUCACCAUGUGUGUGACUCAGCUGCGCCUCAUCUUCUACAUGGGGGCCAUGAACAAUAUCCUGGAGUCUCUUGCUGAUGGAGACCUGACCAAAGUGAGCACAUACACGUCUAUUUUCGGCGUGCUGCAGUUGCUGUGUCUCCUGACGGCUCCAGUGAUUGGCUACAUCAUGGACUGGAGGCUUAAAGAAUGUGAGGAAGAAAACGAGAAACAAAGUGCAAAGGAUCCCACUCAGCCAAAGAAACGGGACAAACAGAUCCAGAAGAUCAGCAACGCCACCCGUGCAUUCAUCUUCACUAAUUUGCUGCUGGUCGGCUUCGGGAUGACGUGUCUGGUGCCUAAUCUUCAUGUCCAGAUUUUGUCCUUUGUGUUGCACACCAUCGUGAGAGGCUUCAUUCACUCUGCAGUUGGCGGUCUGUACGCUGCUGUGUACCCGUCCUCUCAGUUCGGCAGUCUGACAGGAAUGCAGUCCCUCAUUAGUGCACUUUUUGCAUUGCUGCAGCAGCCACUCUUCAUGGCCAUGAUGGGCCCGCUGGAAGGAGAUCCACUCUGGGUAAAUGUGGGGUUGCUGGUCCUGAGCAUGCUAGGAUUCUGCCUGCCCAGUUACCUGCUGUGCUACGGCCGAAGGCUGCGGCGAGAGAAAGCAGAGCGUGAGGAAGACCCCAAGAUCUACGUCCAGAUCAACAACAGCACCAACACCGAGGCAUUUGUCUGACUGCAAACGCACAGAUGACAACAGCCGACAAAGAAGAGCAGGAGGACGAUGGGUGGGAAAUAAAAAAUAGACUGCAGGUCACAAAAAAAACGAGUGAUAAACACCUCCCUGAUUCCUCCUCCUGUCUAUCACACACUCAUGUAUUCUCAACACUCAAACAGGCACAAAAUACAGCCAAAGCAACCAAGAGUCUCACAACGUGCUACACAAACACACACGUUUACAUGCAACGGACACUGUGAAAGGCAGGUAUAGAAAAUAAAACUGAUGCCCUUGUCCUUGAAACAGACAAGGACAUCAAGACUUUGUGUGCUGCCGGACAAGCAAGAAGAGAAAGGCCCUCUUUUCUGAGUUUGAUUUCUGAAUUUCACACCAGGAUACAUAAAAUAAUGAGCAAUUUCUAGUGAAAUUCUCUCAGGUUUGAGGAAGCCUGAUGAGGCUUCCUGAAAAGAGCGUUACACGCGCCACUAGUGUUCAGCUUUAUUAUCAGUAAUCAAGCUCGAUUCUGCAUUUUUAGUGACUAUAAACCCAUUUGUGGACUGAUUACAAACACUUUAUGUUGCUUUCAGCUCAUAAAGCUGCUGAAAUGCAAGUCAAGGACCCUAUUUUGUGGUAAUAAAUGACAAACUACCUUAAAGCAGAACAAUUCUGCUUAAUAUCUGUUGCAUAUGGGUUUUCAACAGAAGUGGACAAAUUUUUCGAUUUUAAUCUCAUACAUAUACCAGCAUGCUUUGGACAGCAUGAGCAUGAAACUGCAGCUUUCUCUGAACUGGGCUGAUUUUAAAGGACUGAUCUGGCACCCGGGGCUACUGUAAUCUAAGCUUCAUUUUAGUAUGGGAAUUGUGCUGUUAUUUGCUUUGGCAUGCAGAUCCUGUACACUUACAGUACAAGCGAGAUGCAUUUUUCUACAUAUCAGUCCAUUCAGAAGGUUGUAGAAGUCUGAAAGGUUUGGUUUAAGGCCGUAUGUUGGGGAUUUAGCCUCACAUUUCGAUCUGAUCUUCACCAGCAAUACUAUUCCACAUCCACACAGAUUGUACCACUUCCCCCGAUGCAGUACUACUGGUUUAGCUUCACUUGUUAGCACAAAAUAAUGUCAUUUUUUCUUUUCAUCAAGCGAUUAUUCAGGGUGUUUCACUUUUUAGAGUAAUAAUUCAUAUCAGAUGUUAUUCACCCGCAAUAUGAUCCCUUCAGAGUUCGCUUUAUCACCUACAGUAUGUGCGCUAAGGAGCUUGUUUACACCUGCUAUUAAAAUGCAUUAUUGCUAAUCAGAUCACUAUUAGAUGAGGGAGACAGAGUUCCAUUUACAUCCGGUGCUUUAAUCUGUCUCCUUUAUCCACCUUCAAUCCACUUUCCUCAGUUCUUUGAGGGGAAGAUGUAUACGUUACUAUAUGACAAAAUUAGCAUGAACACAGGACAGUGGAAAGAGCCAAAAAUCAAUCAGGACUGGUAAGAAGAUAACAUUGUGGUUUGAAGUUUUUGCUUUCAAAACACACGUAUGAUUUCUGAUAGCAAAAUCCUGUCUGGAUAGCAUGCUUCAACAAAGAAGUCUCGUAAUGUUUAAGAAUGAAGCAGAAACAAGAGCAUCAGUGAGCAGAAUCUAGUCGAAUGCGUUUUCGACUACCUCAGGAAGUGGUUGAAAGUGGACAAACUCAAAGCUUUCGACCUCGUUUUCAUCUGUAAGUAGCGUGGGCCUCUUGUGAUCGAAUCAGCAAAAACACAUCCUAAUACCAGGUGUAAACAGGCCCUCAGUGCACUCUCAGUAAAGAGAUUAGAUGCCAUUAUCAUAUAUAUAUAUAUAUCUUGCACUACAGGGUUCGUGAUUACAGAGGUGCUUACAUUAGCCAUUACAGAGUAUAAGCGUCCUGUUACAACCUCAUGCAUACAUGAAAACCACGUUCGCCAUAUGAUUUUUGUGUAUGUCCUCAAGAUUUCUGGUCUGGUUACCAUUUUAACUACGGUGCUUUAUUAGAAUAGAAAAACACGAAUGAUACAGAUAGCGGAUACAGAAUUUAGCUGGCUACUCAACAUUGUGGUGAUAAAAGCUUGAAAUUAAUUCAUAGCGAUACAAAAAAGGGAGACUUUUUGAGACAUGCUUGACGACAAUCCCUUUGAAAACCCAUAUCCUUGUAGUGGGUUGCAGGCCAGUAUAUUGUCCCAUAUGAGAGAUCAUCAAAUUGAGUGAAAUCUGUUUUUUUCGACUGUAAAAUCUCUGAUAAAAGGUUUUGGCUGAUGUAAAAUCAAUCUAAUUACAUUUCCAGUGUCGUGGUUUCUACAUUUGAUGAACAUUUCUCAGCAAAAGAUUGAUUUUGAGCUGUAGUCCACUCACUUAUUCACUUUAACAGUAUUUCCACUGUAAAUGUACAUGAAAAGAUGAACGCAAGAUCCUGGAUGAGGAAACAGGACUUGCGCAUUCUUAACAGUUGCCAUAAAUGUGACCUUAUUUUAUGACCCCCUUAGAAGAGGAAUAGGUCAGAUCCACUUCGCAGCAUCCACUUAUAUCUGUCACACUUUUUUGUGAAUAGUUUGUCAGAGCUGAAGUCCUGUAUGGACUACUGCAUUUGCUGGCUUGAACAUGCCUGGAUAUUGCAAGUGAAUUCCAAUCUAAUGCAGUACUGUACUAAGCGCAAUGAAUAUGAGAGUAAGAUCGUUUACUCUCAGGACGAGAGAAGUAGCACUUUUUCUCACUGCCAUACCUUAAAUUUUCAUUCUUUAUUCAGUUAUCACAUUGAUUUUGGUUUUAAAUGUCGGUUUAUUAUCCCAUUAUAUGUGUAUGAGCGUGGGAAAAUGCCCACACACACACAUACACAGAUGUAAGAGGGAAGAAAAGAAGAGCUUUAACACCAGUGUUUUCUCUCUGUGUGGUAUUGUACUUUUAUCGUCAUUUGUUGAUUAUUUUGUUGAUUUUUCUACCUUUGUAGCUUGUGUUUUCAGUAACGUGUACAUGUACAUAGUUUUUCUUCAUUUUUUUUGUGGGCGUUUUACUGUACUUGGCUUUUGGGUUUCUUCAUUCUAUUACUAUAUAGCACCUUUUUGAAUAAAUGUCUCAACAAAAUAUCCAAUAUGUGAAAAAUAAAAAACGAUUAAUUUGUA